CCCUACAUGGCCGAGGAGAGCAGUCACAUCAAGGUCCGCUCUAUGGAGUACAUGUCCCGACACACGGUGGAGGGCAAGUUCACCUACGUGGAUGAGAGGGCAACUGUGAUCCUGGGUUACCUCCCCCAAGAGCUUUUAGGCACGUCUGUUUACGAGUACUACCACCAAGACGAUAUUCCUGCAAUGGGUCAGGUGCAUAGAAAAGUAUUAUCGUCAAAAGAAAAACUGGAGACUGAUGUUUACCGGUUCAAGUUAAAAAAUGGCCGCUUUAUCCACCUCAAGUCUCGCUGCUUCGGCUUCCGGAACCCAUGGACGAAGGAAGUGGAGUAUGUCGUAUCCACGAACACAGUCGUCCAGUUGCAGGAGGUGACCAGCUCAGGUCAGAUGUUUGACGCCACGGUGUCACUGCCAGAGGAGAACAACGAUUUUCAGGGACUGGAGAUGAUGGGUGAGUUUUCUUUGUUUGUCUGUUUUAUUUGUGAUUUGGUUUGUUUGUUUGGUUGUUGUUUUUUAAUUGCUUCUAGUUUUUAAAUUCUUUUUUUUUUGGUUACGGUUUGUUGUUUUCUUGGUCUCCUUCAUAGACAUGUAUCAGUGGGUGAUUGGCGGGUGCUCUGAUGUGGUCUGCUUCUUCUGUCCUAUCUAACAUCUAUCG